AACCCAGUCGCUAGCAGUGUUAGCUGUGUGUCGCUGCUCAAUGAGCUGGGAGACUGCAUUGUAGCCGCAGUGCAGCUAAUGAGCUCAUUUGUAAUUGAACAACAAUGUCUUCAGUCGAGUGUUUGAGAGAGUUUGUCACCGAGCGACUGACUGCUGCUGCUGAAGAGAUAUUCGGAGUUUUUAUAAAAACUAUCGUCGAGUACGAAGAAGAGAUCAAUCGUCAGCGCAGACUGCUGGAUGUCUUCUGCAAACCUGAAGUCAAGUUACACAGGAUAGAGCUCCCACAGCAACAUGUCUUUGUGGAAGAGGCGGUUCCUGCUGACCAGCAGCUCUGUAACCAGGAGAGGAGCACCAGUCCGGACCAAGUGGACCCAGAGCCUCUACAGAUUAAAGAGGAAGAGGAGGAACUCUGCACCAGUCAGCAUGUAGAGCAGCUUGACCUAAAGCAAGAGACUGAUACAUUUAUGUUUACUUAUGAGGAAAGUGACUACAAUGAACCAGAACCAAAACAUGACCAGCAGCUCCUCUAUUACAGCUCUCAUGUAGCUGAGAGCCGAGAUGAGAAAGGAGGCAAUUAUGGAGCCUCAGGGUCAGAGCAAAACAGUCAACAUGAAGGUCACAGUAGCAAUGUUUACAACCUUAACAUGUCAGGGAUUGGACAUAACACUCACACAGCUCAAAAUUCUUUCAAAUGUGACACUUGUGGAAAAGAGUUUAGGCAUAACUCAAAACUGCAGAGACACGCGAGAGUCCACACAGGGGAGAAGCCGUAUUCCUGCAUAACAUGCGGGAAAGAUUUCAGAUUUAGCAGCGGCUUAAAAGUCCACAUGAGAACGCACACAGGAGAGAAACCGUACCUUUGCAAUACCUGUGGCAAAAGAUUCAGUGACAUGCCCGGAUUAAAAAAGCAUGUUAGAAUCCACACAGGAGAGAAGCCGUACCUUUGCAACACCUGCGGGAAAAGGUUCGGUGACAUGCCUGCUUUGAAAAAGCACAUAAGAAUCCACACAGGUGAGAAGCCGUAUUCCUGCAUAACAUGCGGGAAGGAUUUCAGAUUUAGCAGUGUCUUGAAAGUCCACAUGAGAACGCACACAGAUGAGAAGCCGUAUCUUUGCAAGACCUGCGGGAAAGGAUUCGGUGAGCUGGCGGGAUUGAAAAGGCAUAUAAGAAUCCACACAGGAGAGAAGCCCUAUUCCUGCAAAACAUGUGGGAAAGAUUUCCGAUUUGGCAGUUACUUGACAGUCCACAUAAGAAGAGCCCACACUGGCGAGAGGCCGUACCCUUGCAAGAUCUGUGGGAAAAGAUACUUUGACGCGUCUCAUUUGGCAAAACAUAUAAGAACACACAGCAAAGUAGCUUUGCAGUUGUAAAAUAUGUGGCACGUGAUUCAGUUCUAGUGUUUUGCGGUCAAAACACAGAAAACCUCUUGUAGGUGAUUGUACUGUGCAAAACAUUUUACUCAAAUCACACUUGAAAAAACACCCUAGGAUCAAUAUAAACGGGACGAGGGGGUCUCCUGUAGAGACGUUCCUGAGUGAAAUGGAGAGGAUUUCAGGGCAUAAAAAAAACUGGGAAAUUAAAGUCCCCUGAAAUAAAUCGUCAUCCUUUUUUACAUAUAAAAAAAUAUUCAUUUAUUGAAGUCUAGAUAGAUCGAUUCAUCGUUCAGUCGAUUAUUUUGCCUUUUUGGCAUCAAUCUACCGAUGCUGUAGAACAAUGUUAGCGUUCUCCUUUGUGAGUUUUUGGGAAGGUGGUGAAAAAAUUUAGUUUCCAGCCAUCUAUCCUGCUGUAAACCUUUGCUUAAAUGUCCUCAUCUUUUCUAAAUAUUAACACUUUUCUCACAUCCUAACUGAAAGCUAAUCUAAUCUAAACCCAUUACUGACUAGUGUUUUAUAUAUAUUUAAAAAUAUAAAUAUAAAUAUGAUGUUAUAAUAAUGUAGUUGAAUUAUGUCAUUAGACAUACUAUAACCCCGUUCUUCUUUAAAUAUAUUCACAUUCUGUAAUCUAUGGCAUUAACCAAUGUAUUUAUCUGUUUCAUUAAUAAAAAUUUAAUUUUAACAAGUUACUGACUAAGAUAACUAGGUUUAUUGUGCAUGGAAUGAUACAUGACUUUUCUUUGUUUUAAUAUCAGCAUUACAUAUCGGCCUUCAGUCGCACUGCUCUCUAAAUAUCAGCGUCGGCCAUUGAAAAACCCAUAUCCGUCGAACACUAAAGUAUAAUUAGCCAUUUAUAUGUUUAUUGCCUCAUUUAUUUAUAUCAUAUUUGUGUAUUUCAUAGCCAUAUUUUGCGUUUGUUUGCGUUCAGCUCAAGCUCAACUUGCUGAUUUUAAAGGUCCAGUUUGUAACAUUUAGGAGGAUCUAUUGGCAGAUAUUGAGCAUAAUAUUCAUAGGUAUGUUUUCAUUAGUGUAUAAUCAGCUGAAAAUAAGAAUUGUGUUUUACAAUGAGCCGUUUUUAUCUACGGAGGGAGUGGGUCCUCUUCCAUGGAGGCCGCCAUAUUGAACUGCCAUGUUUCUACCGUAGCCAAGAACGGACAAACCAAACACUGGCUUCGUUACCAUAGUUUCUCCUACACGCUUGGAAGGCUGAGCUGUAUUCAAAUGGGGGCAAUCUGCAACUUACUCUCAAGAUGCCACUGAAUCCUACACACUGGUCCUCUAAUAGAACAAUGGCCAAGUAUCAGGGACAAAAAAACUUGUCAUUUAUCAGAAAAGAAGCCUAUUAAGUAUGUAUGUAUUUAAAUACAUAAUACAGACAGAACUGUAUAAAAAGUAUAAAAACAUGAAAUAAUCUGCUCAAAAUGUAUCCUAAUCACCCAUUUUACACAAAUCAGUUGUAGUUACUGAGUUCACUGUUCGGGUUCAUUGUACAGUUUUAAAUAUAAUAUGAAAUAUCCAUAAAAUAUAGUCACUUCAUAGUCAGGGAUGGUCAGUUUAAUAAAUUACAGAAAAGGGUCCUUUAAGGAAAAAGGUUGGGAACCACUGACCUUGUGGCCACCAUUUGAACCAACACUUCUUCGUUCUCCGGCAGGAUGGGCUGUUGAGUUGGUGGUGUCCGAUGGCCUGCCAUACUUACAAGAUCCAAUGCUACCUUUGCAGUUCUGCAUACACCCGGUCUGUGCCGGGGUGAGGCAGAUGUUCAUCCAUGUCUUUGAUGCAGAAGGUGAUGAUUGAUUAGCGCUUUCAAUCCUGAUGAGUGCACUGAUGUCGCAUGCUCAGGCGUCUUUGGCCAGCGUUCAUCACUCUGCUUACGAAACAGGGCACCCUGACUCCAAUGACUAAGCUCUGCCAGAGCCAGGAGUGGCUUACCUCUGGUUAUGUUGUCAGCUGGGUUGUUCUGGGUGUCUACGCACUGCCAAGCCUGACGGUCGGUCAGCUCCUGUAUCUCUAAAAUGCAACAAAGACCUUAAAGCUGUAUGAGUCUGAUUGGAGCCACUCCAAUGCUGUGGUGCAACCAGAUGCCAGUGUUGUCUGCCGGAUUGUGAGUGUUGUAAGACUAAUGGACUACCACAGUUGGUUGAUUACUUGCCCACUGGCUUUGAUCGAACCCUCCUUCAGCCAACAGGAACCUUUCGAUUCACCAAAAAAAAAACUGGAUUCACAAAUGCCAGUUUGAAAGUUGUAAAUGUUGGGAAGAUUGUUUUUUGUGUAUUUACAGAUCUUUUUAUGUAUUUGUGGAAUGUGGAUUACACAUGUACACAUGAAUUGUCAAACUGUUUGUUCACUAUGUGUCAUUUCUCCAGGCUCAAAACCGCAAAACCAUUAUUAUAGGAAAAAAACAGCAUGUACAUUCAUAUAAAGUGUUAUAAAAAUGUGUAGAAUAAAUAUAAACGAUAAAUGAA